AUGCAGCGUCAACGGGCUCAUCAUGGCCCCCUUUGGGAUUUAAAGGCGCUGAUACCUAUUUUCGCGUGGCUGUCGAAUUGUGCUCUUGGAGCAGUUGUGAGAACGGGAGCGAGAUUCGACUUCGGUACCAGCCUUGCGAACAUUUCCAUCGCUAACCAUAAUGCUUCCACGGCACCGGCGAACACAUCGAACCGGUUCUCAACUGGUGAUUUUCCCGUCUGUACCGACCUAAAAGGAUCCUUUGUCCCGUUUUGUCUCCCUGAAGAUGGUGCGGAUGUCCUAGUCGAUUCAACCUACUAUGUGACAUGGAAUGCCGAUUUUUACCCCUUAAAUGCAACUAUCACAAUCGAACUGAGAUAUUCCGACUUGCUAGAGGGGUCAUCUGCAUUCACUUCUGAAAAGACUGAUAACAGCUAUGGUUAUAUCCCUCUCCAUAUGAGCAAAGAGUGGCUUCAGGGGAAACAAAGUAAUACAUUGACGCUUUACAUUAUUGAGCUUGAUUCCACCUUGGACCGCAGGGCGAGUGCCCGACAAGGCCCAACCAUUACGCUUCGCCCUAGACCCGUGGAGCACUAUAAACCAUCCCCGCCACCACGAUUCAAUAAGCUAGCCCUGUGCAUCGGCCUCCCUCUGAGUCUAGUUGUCGUGAUCAUCGUCGUGGCCACCCUAGUCUUUUCAAUGCGGAAAUCCAGAGACACAAUCAUGAGUAGCGCCUUCUGGGUGUCUCGCAAGAGGGGGUACGGCAUUGGAAAGUCUAGACCCCAGCGUUUGAAGAGCGACAUGAAAGAGAGCAGUGGCUCUGAUGACUCUGCGGGUUCGAAGAGGUACCCAAAUGAUAUUGAGACGGGGCUGCUUGAAGGCACGGGCUUGGAGAGGUACAAUCAUGAUCUCGAACGCGGUGGCAGCUAUCCGUUCAGACGGGAUGUGUCGAGAUUGAAAAGUUGGGUUGGAUGA